AUGACUCUCGUCGAAUCCGCUGCCUUUCCCUACCCUCACCAGCUUGUUGAAGGCAUAGAGAGGCUUCAUUGUAUGCCGACUGAUGUUCCUACCGUUCCUCGGUUUGUAGAAGAUACUAUUCAGGUGGUCACUCGACUAGCAUCUCAGCACCAUGCUAGCGAUUACAGCCGUAUAAAAUUUGGGCCCAGAGGCUGCUCGACUCGAUAUGUCCCGUUGUGCAUACAUACCCCGGACGUGUACCGCGAAUUGCGCCUUCAUCAAAAGGAAUGCAACCAAAAGAACCCGUGGUGGUACGGCGAAUUUCAGGGCACCAAAAGCGUCUCCAAUUGCAAACUAUCAGAGUCGCAAUUGGUGCAGGAACUAUCGGCCGCCAUGGAAGAACCACUGGACGUUCCUUGCAUUGCACCCGCUGCUCCUUCUGAGAUUUCUAUCCAGCAGCAUAUAAUCAAGACUUCUAUGACGCAUCCAAUCAACAUAUCUUCAAUAAUACCUCUAGAAUUCUUAGCACUCAUAUCUUCGCAUCUUUUGCUCACAGCAUGUCCUCCCACCUGUAUCUGCCAUGCUAUUCCAGAGCACUCAAGAUCGUGCAGAAUGAGGUCCACCAUCUGCGAAAUCACUUCAUCUUUCUCACUGGACCGUCUUGUGUUCUCGGGCUGCCAAUCGGAGGACGGACCGUCUAUUCCCCCCGAUCCUCCCGCCCACACGCCCUCAAAAGUACUUGAUCAACCAACGUCUCACGUCCGAACCCGCUCCCAUAUGUCCCAAGCCUUGCAAGCUGCAAUAAACUCCGGCUUCAGUACUUCCAUACCCACUACUCCUCCCACCGCUGAUGCGAGCCUAUCUUCCUUUCUGCGGUUUGACAAGUUUUCGGAUAUAUCCCAGUCGACAAGCGCCACUUUAAACUCAAAUCAUUCUUCAGUAUCUCUAUCGCUAUCAUUAAGACUUUCUACUUCUUCCUUGCCCAUGUCGUCUAAAAGAUCUCAUCAAACUCUCCGGCGCACACUUUCUGUCUCAGAGCAAGGAGAGAGGGAGUGUCGAUCGACUCCUGAUCUCCUUGCAAAUGGUAGCUCGGUAUUACCUCCCGUUGUGUCUCCCUUCACUCUCGGUAAUCUACUGUUGUCAUCUUGCCCCGGUAAAAAAGUCCGGCUACAAGGACCUGUUCGCGGCCGUUCUGGGGUGUGCCGCAAUUUAGAGACGGACCUGCUGAGGAUGAAGGAGCUGGGCGUAGGCUGCAUCGUCUGUUGUCUGGACGAUAGCGAACUGGAGUUUUUAGGCGCCCGUUGGCCUGACUAUGAGCGUCUCACACGGCAGAUUGGGGUUGUCGGAAGGUUACCUACACCGGAAGGUUUGGCCCCUUCGCUAUCCGCUUCGUCAUUGAACGAGCACCUCACCGUAUUGAUCCAUACAUAUACACUUCGCGGCAUCCCCGUUCUUGUACACUGUCGAGGUGGCGUCGGUCGUGCAGGUGUCGUAGCAUGCUGUUGGAUGAUCAGACUAGGCUUAUGCGGCUGGUUCACGGAUGCGAAUCGGUCUUCAUUCCAUUCUAUGGUCCCCUCUUGGCUUUCCGGUGAUUCUUAUCACGGGUUAAACAGCUACAUAUUCCCGGUCAGGUGUGAUACCCUUGAGAUGGUUGAGACAGCGAUAUGCAUCGUUCGAAGACGGAGGAGCGUUAAAGCGGUGGAAACCUACGAGCAAGUCAAGUUUUUAGUGGACUUCGUGGAAUACCUUAGGGAAUCAGUAUAA